AUGCCAAAGAAGAAGAGGAAGACGAGACAGAUUUCAAAGACUAGAAGAGAUGCUAUUUCAACAAUUAUCCCGCAAUUCCAACCGAUUAUUCCAUCACGACAGAAUGUUUCCGAACUCUUAUCAAUAAUUGGAGCACAUGCAAAUGUCAGGCGAGUAAGCAAAGCUAAUAUGAUGAAGAAGGAUGAAGUCUACGGCUGGCUUGGAGCCGGAGAUAUACAAUCUGUAUUCAAAUAUUGUAACGAGAUCAUUUUGAAGGAUGAAUUCGUCCAAUUAAAUAAGUAUCCUUACGGUGAAAUUUCUAUGGCGAUUAUCAAUAUUAUUUCUAAAUUUCCGGAUGUCUUAGAAGCUUCAGCGAUGGAAACACAUAAAAGAUCGUUGGUUGACAUGAAAAAUCUCUUUGUCGAAGCUGCCUUCGCUCAAAAUUUCAUAUUUACGAAAGAGGGAACAUCGCAAGACAUUGUUGGCGAACAAUCCAUAUUAUAUAGCAACGAACCAAACAAUAUGUUCUGUUUUGUGCGCCAUGGUGAAAGUGUUAUUCUCUUCACUGAUUGUGAAUGUUUUGAUGCUACGGGAUAUUUCAUCCAGAAAAUUUGGCAGCGGAUCGAUGGAGAAAUUUUUGUUGAUUUUCAACCUCUGCUCUGUGAUGAAAAUUUCGAGAAUAGUUCUGGACGACUCUUUGCUAUUGUGCCAGAUAGAAAAUUAACAAUUGCGGCAGAACUUACAGAACUACAGAGCGAAUACACAUCGAAAUUCGGGAACUACGAAACGGACAAGUCAUUAUCCACUGCUGAUUGGGACGAAAUUAGUACGCUUAAUGCCAGCAUUUCGGAAGCCGAAUCAUUUGAUUUGGUAGUGGAUGAAGAAAACAAAAAGCAGGACAUAAGUUCCAGCAGUGUUUUUAAUUUGAGUACAAUGGUGUCAGAAGAGCGAUUCGCUCUUUUGCAAAAAAUCAAAACCAAGGAAAAGGAAUUAAGAAUUGAGCAGGAAAAAUUCAAGUAUUCUUUGAUACCCAAAGAGAAUAUCGCAGAUGCAAGAGCUCGGUUUUACGAAACGUUGACGAAAGACACUGAAAACGCAACGGCGUCGACUGCAAAGAAGAAGUUGCUCAUGAUUCUAAAGGACAGCAAAAAGGGCAAUACAUAG